AGGAAGGGCGGGAAUUUGGCAGUGUGAGGGCGUGGCUUGCGAUGCAAGUUGUGAAGGUGCCGCUAUGUAGAGAGCACAGGCUUCAUGUGAAGCGCUGGAGUUACAUCCUCUGUGUGAGCAUCUCCGGGAUUUCUAUCGCAGAGACCUGUCAGUGUUGCUGCUGCUGCCUCUUCCCUCCUCCUGAGCGCUGCCUUCGGGGCCCUUAAUCUCAUCACAGUCCAUGUCUGUAGCAUCACUGGCUGCUGCCCUCGUAUCUUGCUGCCAAUCGCUGGGACACUGCUGUCUGUCCUGGACUAAACGUCAACAUGGAGGCUGUGCUGCUGGGCUGCCUGUCUCCGCUGCUGCUGCUGGCCUCACUCAUCAUGGCUUCAGACUUUCCAAGCUUAAGUGCUAAGAAAGACCACCUUGUCAUAGCUGCGGAUGAAACAUUAAAUAUUACAUGCAGGGGACUGAGACCGCUGAAUUGGAGCUGGCCAAUAAACCACAGCAGUAUAAAUAACCGCUUAUCAGUCAGUGAGUGCAGUGAGAGCUCCUACUGUCUGACUCUGACUCUUACCAAGGUCGUAGCCAAUGAUAGUGGCAUUUACAAGUGCGGCUAUGAAGACAGUAAUGCUACAACCAGUGUUCGAGUCUUUAUUCUGGAUAAAAGAUCUCCCUUUGUGCCUUCAAUAAGUGAACAACUUCUUGCUAUUUAUAUCACGGAGAAUAAAACUGUGACAAUCCCAUGCUUGGCCUCUAAACCAGAUCUGAAUGUCACACUGUCUGCGAAAUACCCAAAUUCCACAUUUCAUCCCGAUGGUAUUAGAAUACACUGGGAUCACAAAAAGGGAUUUACCAUAUUAAGCGAAUUAUUGAAGACUGUGAGCUGGGUCUCUUGUGAAACCAUACUGAAUGGAGAGGUCUACAGGUCACCGGCUUAUUUUGUACUUGUUGUAGGUUUUAAGAUCUACAGCCUGUCCAUGAAUCCCCAUCCUCGGGUACAGCUGGCGGUUGGAGAGAAGCUAGCUCUAACAUGCACUGCUCGCACUCCUUUAAAUGUGGGGGUUGACUUUAAAUGGGACUAUCCUGCAAUAAUGGAUGCAAGAGUCAAAACAAAAGGGCACAGAAAAGAACUUCACAGGGAACUGGAGUUUUCAGGGAUCUUUAUCAUAGACUCUGUGACACUGAAAGACAGAGGCAACUACAGCUGCACAGCAUACACAGGCCUCAUGUCAAGGACCAGCAGUACAACUGUGAUUGUACAUGAGAAGCCCUUCAUAACCCUCGAUAAAACCAUGAACUCUGUCAUUGUAUCCAAGGUUGGGCGAUCAGUGAGAAUCCCUGUAAAGUACACAGCAUACCCUACUCCUGAUGUACAAUGGUUUAAGAAUGGGAAACAGCUGCCUCAUCAUAUUGUAAAAAUGGAAAACAGUUUAUUAAUCAAUGCCACCUCUGAAGAGGAUACUGGGAAUUACACUGUCGUUCUUAGAAAUGUUCAGACAAAGCAUCAUGAAAGCCAUACCUUCCAACUGGCUGUACAAGUGCCACCAAAGAUAUAUGAGAAGGCUGUGCCUGCCCCCCUGGAUUCUUACAAGUACGGCAAUCCUUAUAUUUUAACCUGCACGGCAUCUGGAAUUCCUACCCCUGUCAGUAUAAAGUGGGAGUGGCAGCUGGAAGAAGAGUGUUCUUUUUCUUCACGUCAAUACGAUAUUGGGAAAAACCCAUACACGUGUGCAAGCUGGAGGGAUAUUUCUGUGAAAAACGGCGGAAAUGUGAUUGAAACCGAUGAAACUCACACAGAUGUUAUAGAAGGCAAAGUAAAGACUGUGAGUAAGCUGGUCAUUCGUUCUGCCAGAGUAUCUUCUCUGUACAGAUGCUCGGCCACUAACCAAGUGGGAGAGGACGAGCAUGUGAUCUCUUUCCAUGUCACCAGAGGCCUAGAAAUUGACAUGCACCCUAACAGGAAGCUGACUGAGCGAGACAAUGUAACUCUCAUAUGCACAGCAGACAAAUUUACUUAUGGGAAUAUCACGUGGUUCAAACUUAGCCCCAGCACAGCGGAAAAGCACCGUAUGGGAUGGCCAAUACCAGUGUGCAAAAACCUUGUUGGCCUGGUCACAAAGCAUGCCACAAUUACAAAUACCAAUAGAGACAACGUCACCUCGGCUCUAAUCCUGCAUAACAUCUCAAUGCGGGAACAAGGCAACUAUGUGUGUGUUGCUCAAGAUAAAAAGACCCAAAAGAAAUAUUGCUUGGUCAGACACAUUAGUAUACAAGCACAGAAAGUUCCCUUUAUCCACCAUGACCUGAAGAACCAAACUAGAAAUAUCAGUGAAACGGUGGUAGUGAAGUGUCAGGCCUCUGGAAAUCCUGAUCCGAAAAUCCUUUGGUUUAAGGAUGAGGACAACCUUGUAGAAGACUCAGGCAUUAUUUUAAAAGAUGCCAAUAGGACUUUGACCAUCCAAAGAGUUAGGAAGGAAGAUGAAGGCAUCUAUUCUUGCAGGGCUUGUAAUGACUUGGGAUGCACAAAGUCAGAAAUGUACUUCACUGUAAAUGGCACAGACGAGAAAACAAAUCUGGAGCUCAUUAUUCUGGUUGGCACCGGAAUCAUUGCCAUGUUUUUUUGGGUGCUUCUCGUAAUCAUCCUCCGGACCGUAAAAAGGCCCAUUGAAGGGGACCUUAAGGCCGGCUAUUUGUCCAUCAUUAUGGACCCUAGUGAAGUUCCUUUAGAAGAACAGUGUGAGCGACUUUCUUAUGAUGCCAGCAAGUGGGAGUUUUCAAGAGAUCGUCUUAAAUUAGGGAAGCCACUUGGUCGUGGGGCGUUUGGGCAAGUCUUGGAAGCUGAUGCAUUUGGAAUAGACAAAAGUGGUACCUGCAAAACUGUGGCAGUAAAAAUGCUGAAAGAAGGGGCUACCACCAGCGAACACAGUGCAUUGAUGUCAGAGCUGAAGAUUCUGAGCCAUAUUGGUCACCAUCUAAAUGUCGUUAACCUGCUUGGAGCUUGCACCAAACCUGGAGGUCCAUUAAUGGUGAUUGUGGAAUACUGUAAAAACGGAAAUCUUUCUGCUUAUUUAAGAAGCAAAAGAAGUGAAUUUGUGUUAUACAAGCCGAAAACUCCACGCUACAGGAAACAGCAUUAUGUUGAAGUUUCAAGAGACCUUAAGAGGCGCUUAGAUAGUAUUGCAAGUAGCCAAAGCUCAGCCAGCUCUGGGUUUGCAGAAGAGAAAUCUCUCAGUGACGUUGAGGAAGAAGACACUGAAGUUUCUGAAGACACAUGCAAGACUCCUUUGUGUAUGGAAGAUUUAAUAUCUUACAGCUUCCAGGUGGCCAAAGGCAUGGAAUACAUGGCGUCACGUAAGUGCAUACACCGUGACUUAGCAGCCCGCAAUAUACUCCUGGCUGAAAAUAACGUGGUAAAAAUCUGCGACUUUGGUCUGGCACGAGAUGUCUACAAAGACGCCGAUUAUGUGAGAAAAGGAGAUGCUCGGCUCCCUUUGAAGUGGAUGGCACCAGAAACCAUCUUUGACAGGGUAUACACUACACAGAGUGAUGUUUGGUCGUUCGGAGUACUACUUUGGGAAAUCUUUUCCUUAGGAGCCUCGCCCUAUCCUGGAGUGCAAAUUGAUGAAGACUUCUGCAGACGCUUAAAAGAGGGAACAAGAAUGAGGGCGCCGGAAUAUGCAACAGUGGAAAUAUAUCAGACAAUGCUGGACUGCUGGCAUGGAGAUCCACAACAAAGGCCUGUCUUUUCUGAACUAGUAGAGCAUUUAGGAAAUGUGUUGCAAGCCAGUGCGCAUCAGGACGGAAAAGACUAUAUUCCACUCACAGUAUCUUUAAACAUUGAAGAUGAUUCUGGAGUCUCUAUGCCAACUUCACCUGUUUCCUGCAUGGAGGAAGAGGAAGUUUGCGAUGCAAAAUUCCAUUAUGAUAACACAGCUGGAUUAAGGUUUCUUCACAGCAGCAGCAAGAGACACAGCCGCCCUGUUAGUGUCAAGACAUUUGAGGACAUUCCUGUAGAGCCUGUGGUUAAAUCCAUUCAAGAAGAGAACCAGACAGAUAGUGGAAUGAUUCUGGCAUCAGAAGAACUGAAGACACUGCAGAUCAAAGCAGACCAAACACAGUUUUUUAGUAUUUUGAUGCCCAGUAAAAGCAAGGAGUCAGUUACAUCUGAGACGUCAAACCAAACUAGCGACUACCAGUCCGGAUACCAUUCCGAUGAUACGGAGGCAGCUACAGAUUCUAAUGAAAAGACACAACUACUCAAAAGAAUUUCAUCAUCGGACACUUGCCAACCAGACAUCAUUUGCCAUAAAACUGUUCUCCAGUUAAGCACAGAUGUUUAAAUGUGGUGGCAUGAUGGUGCCUUUAUGCAAAAAAAGCUUUCCUAGGAGCUAUGAACAAUCUAGUCAUCUUGUGCACUACUCUUAAAUACUAUUUUUUCAACUUCUUCCAACAGGAAGCCUCCAGAAAAUAUUAAAGGACAAAUGUAUGCUUCUGUGGAUCUACCCAAAAAUUAGGAAUGGAUUCUAUAUGACAGUGCCUUAAACAAAAUAUAUAUUUUAUAUCAUUCUGAAAGCAGGGUAUGGAUCUUCUGGAGCCGUGUUUCUUGUUUUGACAUUAAGAGGGUUAUUUACUAAAACGCAAAUGAAUCUAAUUUUUCUAUUAAAACAAAGUCGACCAAACUCCCUUCCACGAAUUGAACUCAUUGAUCAAUAAUUGUUUCUCGAAAAACGUUGCGACAAAAUUGAGUGUCAUUACGUAUCGUCAAAUUGACACCUCAAAAAAUGUAUCAACGAAACCUCGUCUUCGAUUAUCGGACUCUUCGAUUAUCGGACUCUUCGAUUAUCGGACUCUUCGAUUAUCGGACGAAAACCACCGGAUUAUUCAGCCCAGAUCACGAUGUCAAGAAACAACUUCAAGGACACCUGCCAUUGACUUCUACAUGACCUCAACAGGUUUGAAAUGGAGUAUUUUCGAAUUUAGA